CAAACCAGCUGUGGGUAGACCAGACCAUCCAUCCAUGGUCAUAAUAUUGGUAAGGGGGAAGAGAACCAGCUGAACGUUCAAUACUAUCCAUGCCUACCACUAUCUAUCACCUCUUACCUUUACCUAUCUAAUUUUUUUUUAAAUUUUUUUUUUUUUUCGAUCUAAUUAUGCCGUGAUCUAGUCGGCCUAGAACUAGCCUGCUGCCUGUGUCCUACUUUCGUAACCUAGCCUAUCCCUUCCAAGUCAAGCUGGUUGGCGGUGGCCCCUCAUCCUUGAACUCUACUUUGUACGAGAUUGAUGUGUUUUUUUUUUGUGAUUUAAUAUCCGACCUACGCCCGCCCGUUUUGUUUCUCCAGCACAAACAAACUCUCCACCCACCCACGAAGCGAACAAGCGCGCGCGGCGGCCUCUCAGAGGACGGACUUUCUCACCGAGUCAACGGACCAACCCUUUCUCCUUUCCAAACCCCAACAAACAAAACGAAUCUGCACCACAUCAGGAAACUCUACGACAAUCCUCAUUGUCAAGAGUCAUUUGCUCGCACAUGAAGCAAUUCGCACCUCGGUUUACAGCAUCAGCAGCAAGCACAUAGUUUUGCCAUACUGCACGACUACGACUCCGAGCGAAGAACCAAAACCCCUGACUACUUUUUAGGCAAAACGUUUGCCGCCUUGCAGACGACGUCGACUUUUCAGCCUAGGGCGAUCGACAAAUCAUCCGGAAUCGAAUAAAAAAGGGGGAUCCCCGGAACACACAAGAAACAUAAAAUAAACACACGCACCCUGUGAGCGUGCGGCUAAGCAAGCAUGGCGGCCGCAAAUAAUCAGAACGUCAUUCGCAGGAAACUGGUAAUUAUAGGAGACGGUGCAUGCGGAAAGACAAGUUUACUUAGCGUGUUCACUCUUGGGUAUUUUCCAACACAUUAUAUUCCGACCGUCUUCGAAAACUACGUGACAGAUUGCAGGGUGGAUGGCAAGUCGGUGCAGCUAGCAUUAUGGGAUACGGCAGGCCAGGAGGACUACGAGCGAUUACGGCCCUUGGCAUACUCAAAAGCGCACGUCAUCCUAAUAGGGUUUUCUGUCGACACGCCGGAUUCAUUGGACAAUGUGAAGCACAAGUGGAUCGAAGAGGCUACCGAAAAGUGCCCUGGGGUACCCAUCAUCCUUGUCGGCCUCAAGAAGGACCUGCGGGAAGACCCCGUGGCCAUCGAGGAGAUGCGCAAGAAGAGCAUGCGCUUUGUCACCGAGCACGACGGUGAGACUGCGGCCAAGGAAGUCGGUGCCCGCAAAUAUCUAGAGUGUUCGAGCUUGUCUGGCGAAGGAGUCGACGACGUCUUUGAGGCAGCCACGCGCGCAGCCCUCUUGACAUUUGAAAAGGGUGAGGGAGCCGGAUGCUGUGUGAUCCUAUAGAGCAUCAUACCCAUGGCACAUUCAUCAGCUCGGAGCUGGUGCAGAAACGGUACGGAAUCCACUCGUUAGGUAUCCCAACCGAUCAACCUACGACGACCGGGAAAAACAAAAACAACACACAUUAUGGACAGGUCCUGAGGGCAUAAUGGCCAAAAGUUGGACCUAGGGGCCCACAAAGAACGCACUCGUUCAAAACAAUCCCCUAUUUUAUCAUCGCCGAGUUUUCUGUAACUCGCAAAGCUUUGCGUUCUUCUACGACAUCUGACGACGAAACAAACAUGUGCGAAAAAAAACAUCGGUAUUUAAAACCCGCAGAUCCUUUGAUAAUGUUCAUCUCCACUGCACUGCGCUUUUUUCUCACUGCUGGCCAAGGGGGGGAUACGCCUUGUUUUUCCUGUUUAAUCUUUCGAAUGUAUAAUAGGGGAGCGAUAGACAGACCUCGAUGCUCCUUUUUGUUUGCUGAAAAUGACGUUAUUUACUCAGGCACGUCAAAGUAUUCGGAGACAGUAAUGGACCGCAUUCAGCAGAUACAAACAAAUCCAGUUGCCGCUUGUGAC